CGCUGCUAAAUUCAAAAUGGAUUCGGCGUACUUGACAACCUCAUGAAUUUCGUCUUUAUUCCAAGGAUAUGGGUUUAUUUGAUGAAAGCUGAUACUAGGACCUAAAUUAGUCAGAAGGAAACUAAAAUACUAUUUGAAUAAAGAGCUAGAGCUAUUGAUAUACAAAUGCAAUGGGAGACCAGGAGGUUAUCAAGUGCAUCAAUGACAAUCUUAAUGGCAAACAAUCAGAAGUUUUAAACCUGAGUCAUCGGGAAAUUGCCAUAUUGCCUUCAGAUAUUCAAAAACUUGGGCAUCUUAAAAGACUACUGCUGAACGAUAACAAAUUAUUAAUGCCACCUCAAGAGCUUGUUAAUCUUUCCAAUCUUGAGGAAUUAACUCUCGACAGCAAUCAAUUGACAAUGUUGCCUUCUGGGAUAGGCCAGCUCCAUUUACUAUCAUAUCUGAGUGCUAGCCACAAUCCACUAGGAGUGAUACCAUCUGAAAUAGGAGACCUCCAUAAUUUGAAACAACUAUGGCUUUCUGAUACUCAACUAGUCAGUCUUCCACAAGAGAUCGGUCUAUUAAAGCAUCUAGAAAAACUAGGACUUCGAAAUAAUGAAUUAAGUUUCUUACCUGAUGAAAUUAGUCAUUUACAUACAUUACAGUGGUUAACAUUAGCGGAUAAUAGACUUCAAGAUCUUCCUAAACCAUUUGGGAAGUUAAAUAAUUUAGUGUAUUUGAAUAUGGAUGGGAAUAUAUUUGAAUCCAUACCUUUGUGUUUAACAGACUUAGAUAGUCUUAUAUCAUUGAGCAUGAGGAACAAUAAGAUCAAGGACUUAGACGAUGACAUGAUCUUAGGCCUCUCAAGACUCACUAAGCUGGACCUCAGGGAGAAUGCAUUGGUAGAUAGGCCAGAACACUGGAAGGGGUUAGAUUACAUCCUGAUAGGAGAUAUAGCUCUGGACUCAUCCAUCAGUUCAACCACAAGUCUUUCCCUCCAAGAGCUCUCUCAGCUCCACAAUGGACUUGAUACAGACAGUGAGAGUGCUUCAGACACAGAGGAUCUGACAGAAAACGAGGGCCAGAACAAUGGGGAUGUUGCAGAACAUGGGAAUUAAAGAGACUGAGAAAUAUAGUGAUGCUCCCGAGUGGAGUCAUCAACUGGAGUAGAUGAUAAAAUGUUAAUUAAAAAAGUGUAAACAGUAUUCUGUCUGUCUUUCAUAAAAAGGAAAUAGUUUAUUGCCAAUUUAUGGUUUAUGCAAGUUAAUAUCAUUCAGUUAAUUUUUUUUCAUUGUUAAAGUAAUUUACCUAAUGAGAUGAGAUGAAUAAAAUAUUACUUUAUGAUGUGAAAAAUUAUUAUUUUUAUGAGAAUACAUACUUCUAGACUAGUGAUAUGUUCUUAGAAAUCAUUAAACAAUUUAUCUAUUUAGGGUAAUGAACAGGCAUAUUCUGGAGUUUGAAAAGGUAUCUGUACAUUUGAAGGAGGACUUAAUGUACAUGAAUGUGUAAUUGUUACAUGAUUACUCCAAACUAACUCUCUCUCUCAAUAGGUUUUUCCAGAGGCCAAUUAAAACUAUUUUCCUUACAAGUUAAAACUCAAUUGGGCAAAUUGUAGCUUAACUUUCCAAUUGACCCAAGCAAUGAAGACUUGAUUACAAAACAUGUAGCUAUCUUGCCAGGAGGCUGUAGCUAGGUAGCCACCUUUGACUGCCCUGGCUUCUGUACAAUAGUGAGCUGCAAAGUCUUGGUUAUGCAUUGCUACAAGUAUGAGUAGUUUUCACUAUGGAUCUUAUCCAUAUAUCUCAGAUCUAUGUGUCUAACUUCAUGAUUUAUGCUUCAUCAUUUCCUUGAUUAUAUGUCCAGAUGUCCAACUUUAUUUUAUGAAAAAAUGUUAUUUGGAUGGUAACGUUUGUUUAUUCUUAAAAAGUUAAUAGAUUAUUUGUUUUUAUGUUAUUAAUGGCAUGUGGAUGAGAAGUUUUGCAUAAUGGAAUUUAUAUGCCAG